UGGGUAGACCGUAGAUCUUGUAAGUAUGGUCUGUAAGUGGCCCCUGCGCGGGCCCCUUGCCUCGAGGUCGAAUUGGACUUCUAAUCCGACAAUCGGGGAAUAAAGGUUGAAGUUUCUGUAAGGUUGAAGACAUGCUCACUAACGAUUUGAAGCUGCGUUUGUUGAAACAUUCGGAACUCUCAUCUACAACGUCUCUCGGUUGCCCCAAGUCACCAUCGGCGCUGUAGAAGGCCGUGCCCGCGGUGCCGGCAACGAAUUCCUCGUCUCCCUCGACAUGCGCUUCGCCACAAAAGGAGAGAGCCUAUUUGGCCAACCCGAAGUUGGAAGCGGCUUGUUCCCCGGCGGAGGCGGCAGCCAAUUCCUCCCUGGCCUGAUAGGAAGAGGCCGCGCCAUGGAGUACGUCCUGAGCUCAAACGACAUCACCGCAGAGGAUGCCGCAGAGAUCGGCUGGAUCAAUAAGGCAUUCGACACCUCUACCGAAAUGUACGACUAUAUUGGAAAGCUCGCACAGCGUUUCAGCUGGUUCCCUCUGUCGGCUCUCCACGGUGGCAAGAAGACGAUCAACCGAGCUUCGGCACCGUCGCUUGAGCUGAUUAUCGAGGAUACCAAGGACUUCUUCAAGCAACAAUUUGACCCAGAGGCACAGGCUAUUGCGAAGAGGUCGGCGGCGUUGUCUAGCAACAUUUCGGCUGUGGAUUUGGAGCUGAACUUGCCUGAGUCGAUCGCGCGCCUUUAUACUUAGGUGGAAAAAGCAGUCUGUACAGAUUGAUACAAGACUUUCCAGAGAUUAAGGAAGGGCAGGAAUACAUGUAUAGAUCAACAGAACUCACCAUUUUUGACUUCUGGCGACUUCUCCUUUGUAGCUAAUACUUCCCAAAUCAUUUUGCCAACGAUUCAUAACAGAGAACCGCAAAUUGCAAUAUGAAUAGACUAAGGUGUUUCGAGCCAAAAUUUCCCGGUGGCGACGAUGGUCAUAUUCUGAACAGCUCGACCCUUGAGACAGAAAUCGCUCUCAUAUGAGUCUCUCGCAAUUGCUCAAUCUGUAUCCAUAAGCAUCGACACUGAUUAUGUGAGUGAUGUGGCUGUGAAAGUCUUGCUGGAAUCGUGAACCGAUGCAGGAAUUUGCGUCCCCAAGAUGCCGAGUUCAAGUCGCCCGUUGAAUGAAUGAUGAGCAAUGCUGGUCGAAAGUCUUUUGCAACUAUCAUCGGAUUCUGCUGGACA